GUAGUUCUCAGAGGGUCAAAAGCAUCUCAGUGUUCUGGAUAAACGAAUGAAAGUGUAAACAGAACAGAAAGCAGCCUCCUCUAGAUGUUGUGCUGAUUGUUUGUUAAUGUUCUAGAUUACUUGGAAACCUCCAUGGACUCUCUAGGCACAGCAACACCACAGUUUGUGUUUGAUCUUUUCAAAAAGCUGAAUAACACACAUGACGACAACAUCUUAUUUUCCCCCAUGGGCAUCUCAACAGCCAUUGGCAUGCUCCUUCUGGGGUCUGGAGGAGCCGCUGCCUCAGAAUUGAAGAAGGUACUUUAUUUGGAAAAAGGCACAGAAAGCUCCAGAAUAAAGUCUGAAGAAAAAGAGACAGAGAAGACAGAAGAAAUACAUCAUCAAUUUCAAAAGUUCUUGACGGAAAUAAACAAAUUCCCUAAUGAUUAUGAACUGAACAUAAGCAACAGGCUGUUUGGAGAAAAAACAUACCUCUUCCUAAAAAAAUACAUAGAUUAUGUGGAAAAAUAUUACCAUGCAUCUCUGGAGCCUGUUGACUUUAUAAAUGCUACAGAUGAAAGUCGAAAGAAGAUUAAUGCCUGGGUUGAAAGACAAACAAAUGAAAAUGUCAAGGAUCUGUUUCCCAAAGGCUCUAUUAGUAACUCCACUAAGCUGGUAGUCCUCAAUACUGUUUAUUUUAAAGGCCUUUGGGACAAGGAAUUUAAGAAAGAUAAUACCAAGGAGGAGAACUUCUGGCUGAAUAAGAACACAAGUAAACCUGUGCAGAUGAUGGCACAGUGCGAUUCCUUCAGCUUCACCCUCUUAGAGGACCUGCAGGCCAAAAUUGUGGGGAUUCCAUACAAGAACAACACUCUUAGCUUGUUCGUACUUCUGCCCAAUGACGUAGAUGGUCUGGAGAAGAUAAUCGAUAAACUAUCUCCUGAGAAGUUGGUAGAGUGGACAAGCCCUGGACACCUGGAGCAAAGGAGGGUGGACCUGCGUCUUCCCCGCUUGCGUGUGGAGUGGAGCUAUGAGCUGGAACAUGUGCUGGAAGCUAUGGGCAUGCACAGUGCCUUCAGUGAGCAAGCAGACUACUCGGCAAUGUCUACACACUCCGGGCUGUAUGCCCAGAAGUUCCUGCACAGAUCAUUCAUGGUGGUGACUGAGGAAGGAGUCGAGGCCACUGCUGGCACUGGUGUGGGCUUUGGGGUCUUGUCAGCUGUAGGCUGUGAAACUGUGCACUGUAACCACCCAUUCUUGUUCUUUGUCAGGUUCAGUGAGUCCGACAACAUCCUCUUUUUUGGUAGAUUUUCUUCUCCCUGAGAUGGUCACGCUGGAACAUGACUCUCCUUAGAGCAUAGAGCAGCUUGCUAUUGACA